AUGUUCCGGAGACGGACGGUCUGCACCCUCCUCUGUCUCCUCGCCACCUUCCUCGUCGGCACCGUCAUCGUUCUUUCCUCCGUCUCCUUCUACCUCGCUAUUGAUCGUCCUGCCUACAUCACCCAAGACGAGCUCGACCGCACCUUUAAUGACUCCCAGCACCCCGUUCUAGAACGUGUACCGCGCAUAAUUCACCAGACAUGGAAGUCUGACACUCUCCCAGACCGGUGGGUCAACGUUUCGCAGAGCUGCAAGGACAUGAUGCCCGACUACGAGUACAUGCUGUGGACCGACAACGGCUCGCGAGACUUCCUCGCCGAGCACUACCGCUGGUUCCUCGACACCUUCGACGGCUACACAUAUCCCAUCCAGCGCGCCGAUGCCAUUCGCUACUUCGUGCUCUACCACUAUGGCGGCGUUUACAUCGACCUCGACAUGGGCUGCCUCCGUCCUAUGGAUCCCCUCCUCGUUUAUCCCGUCAUUCUCCCCAAAACCAUCCCCGUCGGUGUGUCGAACGACCUCAUGUUCGCGGAGAAGGGCCAUCCCUUCUUGGCGCAAACAAUCCACGGCCUCACGAAAUUCGACUACAACUGGAUCAUCAACUACCCCACCGUCAUGUUCUCGACCGGCCCCAUGUUCCUAUCCGCAGAAUACGGCGCGUGGACGUCCAGCGGAGAAGUUCGCAUCCUCCCCAAGGCGCUGUACGGAAAGAACGCGAAGCCAGGCGAAGCCCCCAACGCGUUCUUUUCCCACUUCUACGGCAGCAGUUGGCACGCAGACGACGCCGCCUUCAUUGGUUUCCUCGGCAAGUGGGGCAAAGGGCUCAUGUGGGCGGGACUGAUGGUCUUCGUUGCUGGCUUCAUUCGCAUGGUCUUGCUUCCCCGACAGCGUUCUCGCCCACGCAUUGGUGGGUACGACGUCUAUAUGCCCCGGUGGACGCAGAAGAACGGUCGGUGGCAUCUCGACCUCGGCUGGUUCUCCCUCCCCGCGUCAGGGUCAAACACUUCGCCCCCUUCCCCAAUCGCGCUUCCGCGCGAAAGCGGUUCAGACGAAGAGGAAGAUAUGCAACUCCUACCCCUUUACGACUCGUCACGCUCAGCCUCCCCUGCCCCCUCGGACGUUUCCUUUGGUCUGGAUGGUCCGGGCUACGGCGGUCACGGUGUCGUCGACCACGUGCGGCGCGCAGGGAACCGGCUCUACGACAACAUCUUUGGUCCAGUCGACCCCCCUUCAACACCCUCACGUUCACGCCGGCGCCGCCUGCGCCCACGCGGCGUCAUGUUCUUCCUCCCCGCCUUCCUCACUCAGGAACAAAACGCGAUGGUCGACGUGCCGUUCACGCCCCAUGGGCGCACGUCGUCGUACGCGGCACCCCGCCAUCAACACCCGCGAGAUCGGGAGGGGUCGCCAUCAUCAAACUCGCUACCGCCAGAGAAACAGCGCUACGCGGCGGACUUGGCGCGCGCGGGGCUCAUCCCCCCAUUGGAUCCGUCCAGGGAGAGCCAUGGGCGUGCGGGGAGCUCGUCUUCCGAGGGCUCCUUGUCAUCGACUGUUUGUUGA